CCGUCAACAGCGACACUUAACCCCGGCUCUCUUCUUCCUCUUCUUCUUCUUCUUCUUCUUCUUCUUCCUCCUCUGUGCAUUUCUCGACAGAGAAACUCUCUCCCUCCUUUCUGCAAUCGCGGUCACAGCAAAAGCGGGAGAAAGAUGUCGUCGGGUGUGGUCGCAGCAGGUGCUUCUUCUUCCUGCGGUGCCGCCGUCGCGCGCAAGAUCACUCCCCACUCCUCUCCGAAGCCCUUCCUCACUUCUCAUCAUUACCAGAAGACUGCUUUUCAAGGCCUCAGUCUGCAUGAAGCAAAGAAGGGCGGUGCAUCAGCUCUCUUCGCCGUCGAUGAUAGUCGCAGCUCCACCGCUAAUGCAGUGAGCAGGAAAGGGCUUGAGAUCAGCGCGAAAACCGCAGGAGCGUCCAAGACCAUCGAGGUUGAUGUGGACAAGCCUCUCGGCCUCACUCUUGGUCAAAAGACUGGUGGUGGUGUUGUCAUCACUGCAGUAGAUAAGGGAGGGAACGCGGCAAAAGCAGGGCUUAAAGCAGGAGACCAGGUGCUGUACACGAGCAGCUUCUUUGGUGAUGAACUUUGGCCUGCCGAUAAGCUUGGAUUCACGAAAACCGCUGUCCAAGCAAAGCCUGAUAACGUUUACUUUGUUGUUAGCAGAGGUGCAGAAGUAGAUGUUAAGCGGUUACCGAAGCGCCCCGCUCCUCCCCGAUUCGGGAGGAAGUUGACUGAGGCUCAAAAGGCUAGAGCCACUCACAUCUGCCUAGAUUGUGGAUACAUAUACACCUUGCAGAAACCGUUUGAUGAGCAGCCGGAUUCAUACGUAUGCCCUCAGUGUCAAGCACCGAAGAAAAGAUUUGCUAGAUACGACGUGGACACUGGGAAAGCAAUUGGUGGUGGGUUGCCCCCGAUUGGGGUUAUCAUAGGUCUGGUAGCUGGUGUUGGUGCAGUUGGAGCUUUGCUUGCUUACGGUCUUCAAUAAAUGGCCAUUCUCAUUGGUUACCAAAUUGAAAGUACAUCCCAAUUUGUGUCAAAUAUUUAGAGAUUUUGUUCCCCCCUCCAAGAGCUUAUCCGAGAGGGGUAUAAAAAGGGCUACUGUAAACCAAUCUCCAUUCGAAAGCAGUUUUCUUUUGAAGCA